AUGAGUCGAGCCCAGACUCUGAGAGGGUUUGUCUCUGAAAGACUCGCUGCCGCCUCUCGGGAAAUCUUAACGGUCGUGGACAGAAUCGUAUCCGAAUAUGAGGAGGAGGCUUCGGGCUUCAGGCUGGAGAUAGACCGGCAAAAGAAGCAGCUGGAUGUCCUCCUGCAGGCACAGGCUACUCUAAAGAAAGCAGGUAAGUUAGGCAGAACUUUGUUUUGGAAAUUAAAUCUAUAAACCCUAAACAACAGCCGUGUUUAAAUAGAGACACGACGAAUCCCAUUAAAAUAUGAUAUAAUUUACUUUAAACUCGAUUAUGACUCUGUAUCCACCAACAAAUCUAAUAAAACUCACCAGUUCUUUAACUGGCUCAACAUAUUCUGUGAUUCGGCCGUAUUAGAAAAUAACUAUCUUAAAAUUUAAUUAUUUUAAAACCGAAAUAACAGCUGUGUUUAAAUGGAGACAUGAUGAAUCCCAUUAGAAUAUGAUAUAAUUUACAUUAAACUCGAUUAUAACUCUUUAUACGCCAACAAAUCAAAUAAAACUGAGCAGUUCUUUAAUCAGCUCAACUUAGUCUAUGAUUCGGCUUUACUAGAAAAUAACUAUCUUAAAAUUUAAUUCAUUUUUUUAACCUUGUUUCUCUCAUUUUGCUCAGAGAUUUCAGCAGAACUCUACAUGCUCUGUGUGAAAGCAUUAUCGUCUCUGGGGGUUAAAUUACUGUCUAAUUUUUUUGUUGUUGUAGGGCUGAAACGUCGCAGGAUUAUUAGGACCUCUGAGGAGGACGGGUAUAAAGAUGAGGAGGAGGAGGAAGACUCUGCAGGAACUUCAUCAGGGUGAGAUAGGCGGCCUACUUUCAGCCUGUGAAAUUAUAACUUUUGCUCUUUUUAAUGUUAAAGUCAACACUAAAUCUGUCAGGGUGUCAUGCUGCUUGUUUGACUUUUCAUCAGUAACAAUGAAUGUUUUUAAUCAUCCUUGCAUAAUCACUGUACCCCUGUAUUCAAAUAAAAGCAGAAAGAUUUUAAUGAAAAGAAUUAUAUGAGGAGACAUUUGGUUCAGGUUUAUACAAUCUGACACAGUAUGUCAGUAAAGUACAGUAAUUUUGUGAUAGAAAAAUGCCCUUGUAUGACAGUGAGUUUUUAUUUUACUUUAGCAGCCUGUGGAAACACUAAUACUGACUCUUUUCUGUCAUGUCCUCGUCUUACAGAGGUCGGUUUAAGAGGAGGAAGCCCGGCAGAUCUCAGAUCAGUGAAACACAAAACCACGUCGACCUCAGGAUCCGGAUCAUCGAAGACCCUCAGAUUGAUGUGCUCUCAAACAGCAGUAAGUGAACAAGUCUAGAAUUGCUUAAUUCUGGAAAGGAGAACCUAAAAACAACUAAAUUAAAAAAAAACAAAACAGUUCAAUAAAAAGUCAAAAAGAAACCAUGAUCGUAGUGACACCUCCAUGGGUGCACUUUGGAGGCCUCAGAAAACUGUAAACCGAACACUGUCCUGUGAGAGUUUGUGCAAGCAGCAAAUUGCUUACACUCGAAAAACAAAAAAAAAACCUCCGAUCCAUCGAUUCGUCAAGACAGCAACAAAGUAUUUGCUGAAAUGAGAGCGCCAGUGCUGACUGGGAAACCUCUAUUGCAAGUGAUCUCCAGCUUUACAGCAAAGAUCUCAGCGCAAGACGAGGUGAAGGAGAGAAGACAAGAUCUGAGGAAGCUCAUCUCUAGGUAGGCCAUAUGAGGUUGGAUUCACUUUUAGGAAGGGCAGGAGGAAGUGUAGUCAGUGUUAAGUGGGAAUGAAGAAGGUGACUAAGAUGUAACUUUGGAUUUUAAGAAGUCAGUUGAUAAAUGUUGGUAGUUUUUAAGGACUACCUCUUUUAAAGUUAAAUUCUUUGAGUUAAUGAGGUUCCCAGUCUAAGAUUCCUUUUACACCAUUUUAAAUAUAAAUAAAGACCUACUGUCCAAACCACCUUCAUGAUUCUAGUCCUAUAAACAAAUGUAGUUUCGGAGUUAAAUCCUGUGAGUUUGUUGACAUGAUAAAAGUUUUCUUCUCUCUUUGGUCAUCCAUCUUUCUUCCGACAGUCCUUGAAAAGUGUCCUGUGCUGAAACUGAAGUGUCCCCCAGGCCUCCAGGAGAAGGGCUUCCUGGAUUUGCUGAGGUCCUCCUUCCCUCAGCUGUGUGGAAAUGACAAACAUUUUGACAUCCUGACGUCAGAUAAGAAAAGGAGAUUACUGCCUCUGAGUUUAAAGAAGGUGACACCAGAGGGGAUCCACAGAAAGAUCAGCGGCACUGAAUGGAGGAAGUGGCCCAUCUACGUCCGACUGAAGGUAACCUAACGUUUCAUGGUCAAUUUGGCCGAUACAGACAAAGAAUAAUCCGAUAUUUUACUGCUGGAAAGUUCAUGGAUUUGUACUUCUUUAUUUUUCAGACACAAAAUGAAACCCAGACUAGAAAGGGAGAUGCUGAUCCUCUCCAAACACAAGACAACAGCUCUGAGGUCUCUCUGUCGUUGACGCGUGAGAAAACCAAGUUUCAAGAAAGGUACGUCCACAGAGAUACUCGAAAAGGCAAAACAUGAACCACAUAAAGUAUGUGGACAAAGUUCAGAUUUGAGAACUUGUUCACCGUUUUGAGUCACCUUGAACAGUUUUCCUUUACUUCUAAACCCCUUUAAUGUUUGCACCUGUUCCCCACAGCAGCCCGAUUCUGGAGGGUGAUGGUUGCAGAGAGGAGGUGUGGCACCGCUCAACAUCAAACCAACCGAACACGGAAAUAAGGGAAGCUAAUGAGAACUUUUGUGGAGUACCAGAACCAUAUGAGGGCUCUCACGCCUCCUCUGCAGCUAAGAGUAAAACGGAUUACAGCGAUCAUAUAGACGAUGGACAGGAAAGACGAGAGGUGGGUGAAAGUGACGGUGACUGGAAACCUGACAAGGAUGAUGAGGAGCUGAAGGAUAGUGACUCUGAACUUUGGUCAGAGGCCACCAAAAAACAAAGAUCCCGACAGUCUGGUGUCGAGGAGACCGAUAACAGUGAUGCUCUGACCUGCAAAGUUUGUGGAGCUCUGCAACUAUCAGAAGUUACACUCAUAAAACACGCCUCAAGUCACGUAGACGAUCCAAGAAGUCUCUGUGGAGUCUGUGGAGAUCUUUCCGAGUCUCCUGAGGCGUUCAGGGAACAUCUUGUACGUAACCACAAAACUGAAGACUGCCACAUCUGUGGAGAGUCUUUUUGCAGCAGCCUAACGUUCAAUGAGCAUGUAGCUGCCCACUCAGGAGAGAGACCGUACGGAUGUGACCUUUGCCCUGAUAAGUUUGCAUUGCAGGUUUCCCUUGAGAAUCACCAGAAACUCCACGAGACGGGGAAACCACAUAAGUGUCACACUUGCAAUAAAACGUUUGAACUGAGGUCACAGCUGAAAGCUCACCGCAUGACUCACACACACCUGUGUGGCGUGUGCGGUAAAUCUCUCAGUGACUACAGGUCUUUAUCUCGCCACAAGAUGACGCAUGUCCAGAGAAGACCUCACAGCUGUCAGGUCUGCGGGAAGAGUUUCAAACUUCUCGGUACUCUGAGACAACACGAGAAGAUCCACACAGACAGAGAGAGGUCGUACCUCUGUGACGUUUGCUGCAAAAUGUUCCUGACCAGUAAGCAGCUGCACAUCCACAUGAGAUCACACACCAACGAGAAGCCGUACCACUGUGGCGAAUGUGGGAAGGGAUUCACCACAAAGGGGUCUUUGACAAUUCACAUGCGGGUCCACACUGGGGAGACACCGUACCGCUGCCCAGACUGUGGCUGGUCCUUCAAACGUAAGGUGCAUUUGGAUAACCACAUGACCGUGCACUCUGGGCUCAAACCGUUUGUCUGCGGGAUCUGUGGGAAAGCAUGUGCUCGCAAAAGGUACCUGAAAGUCCACAUGAGGACCCACAAUGGGGAGAGACCGUACAAAUGCACUCUCUGUGACAAGGCCUUCACUCAGGGCCACUGUCUAAAAACUCACAUGAAGAGCCAUCUGGGGGCUGAAGCUGCAAAGUGA